AUGAAAGUUUUUAGCUUUUUAACCAUCUCUGCUAUUUCUGCAAGACGAGAUAAAAAGGAAAAGACCGAGGGUCGGUCGUUUUUUGACUCGGGUGAAAGUCGUUCCACUGAAUUUUUUGACUGUGGGGGUGUCACUGAGUUCACCAAGGAAAUGACGAGUCUUGAGAUUACGUCGCCUGCCGAUCCAAACGAUGCGACGGUGUAUCCAGACAAUACGUAUUGCGAAUGGCUUCUACAGGAUGACUGUGCUGACAGCUUCACGAUCAAGACAAUCAAAUUCGAUAUUGAAGGUCACACAAGAUGCACUUGGGACUACCUUGCAUUUGCAACUCAAGAUGAAACUUUCAACGCUACUUACUGCAAUGAUGACAACGAUUAUUACUCCUACUCCUCUAGCGACUCAUCGGAAGUCAUCGGAUUUCACGCACUCGAAGAAGGCAGCGAAGUCAUCAUUCCUGGAAACAGAAUCAGCAUCACUUUCCUUACUGACGAAUCGGUACAACACGAGGGAUUCCAGAUUUUGGUCAUUCCAAAUCGCCCAGAAGACUCUGAAUGCAGCGCCAACCAGUGGGAGCCGGAUUGCAUCUUUCCAUACAACAGUGAUGGGUCUGUCAUGAUGAAAACCUGGCCGCUCUGGCAGAAUCUUGACGGCCAAACCGUGUCCGUAGAUAAACUUGUCCCAAUUUCGAACUACGCGCACUCCUUUGAAAAACAUCCAGAUGAAGAUAGAGACGACUUCAUUAACAGAUGUGCAGCUAGAUGCGUUGACACUCCAGGAUGUUUCAAAUUCAAAUUUAUUCCUCUAGGCCAGGAAUCUUGUGAUCUUCGAGGAAACAAGAUGGAAGAGCCAACAAUUUUCGCUCAUGCGCUAACCGGAGAAGACUGCCCUUCCGACCCGGCGAAUCGCCUUUGGAGAGAUCGUAAAGCAACAACUCAAGUUUUCUGCCACUUUUCUGGAGUUGAUGACGCGCUUUGGUAUUUGGACUAUCUCAGAGCGACGAAUCCACAAAUGACGAAAUGGGAGGUUACUCCUGUCGCCGCACAUAAUGGCGCUGUUCAAACGCGAAAAAUGACGAGAAGAUGGACGUUUUCUGAAGCAACAGAGCGACCGACAAACUGGGGACACUGGUACACCUUCGUCACUACCAUCUUCUUCCGAGACUAUCUCGUCCCGGUCAACGCUACAGCGACAGAUGCGAGAAAAAGAAGGCAGACAGACGAUGAUGAGGAACUCCUCGCCCUUGCGAAUCAAGAAGUUCAAGACUUCAUCGCAAAUCUGAACAUAGGAGAUGACGUAGAAGUGCUCGAAACUGAAGUUUCGGAGAUCAAACUUGAAAGCUUAGAACCAAUCGAGGAUACCGACACGAAUCAGAUGGUCUAUGCAUACAGCACGAUGAGCGAACUUCUCGACUCGACUAUGACAGCCGAAGGAACAAGAAGGCAGUCUUUCAAAAUGAAGCAAUUCAGCCGAGUCAUUCGCAGAUUCUCCUGGAUGUACGAGCAUUCUUACGACUCUGUCUCCUGCGACUAUCCAACAGAGUCAGUUCCCCACCGAAAAAUUGACGGCCCCUACGAUCGAUGA